AGAACUUUGCAGGAAACUAUUGAUUUGGUUCGAAUGAGGGAUGAACGUAUUUCCCGAUGAACUUACUGACAGUUUUCCCCACCCAUGGUGCUCCCUACUAAUCUCCAUGUUGUUGCUUCUAAUGUGAAGAAAAUUUCAUGGGACAAGAUGCAGCGUCGACAUGAGAAAGGUUUAUGUUUUUAUUGUGAUGAGCGCUUUACUUUGGGGCAUAAGUGUUGGACUUCUCACCUACUCUUGAUUAAGAAUAUUCAUGAAGAAGGGAAGGGAUUUUUGGAAGAAGACCAUCUGUGGACCAAGGAUGAUAUGCAGACGGAUGUAAUUUCAGAGAUAUCGUUGCAUGCCUUAUCUAGAUGGAAUGCUCUGCGUGCUAUGCGCAUAGUUGGGCACAUCUUCAAGAAACCAGUUUUGGUAAUAAUUGAUAGUGGUUCAACACACAAUUUUAUCAAUGAUAAGGUUAUUGAAUAGUUGCACCUUUCUAUCUCUUCUACUGUAGCGUUUUCGGUGAUGGUGGCUUGUGGAGACUAGCUCCCUUGUAAUGAAAAAUAUGAUAAUGUUGAG